AAUUUGAUACGGAAAUAGCCUGUUACGCUUGUACGAUCAUUUUUUUUUCAAUAGAAGGUCAAAUCAUUCCUAAUUUCAUUUUACUUAUUAUUCCAUAUUAGUUUUUGUUGAAUAUACUCCGGCAUGGGUUACAGAGUGAAUUUUUCUAAACUAAUUUUCAAAUUUGUGAUUUUUAUCAUCGGAAACGAAAUUAGUGUAGUGAACACAUAUGAGUCUACCGAUUACGUAACAUCGUUCUGCCCUUCAAACACGCAAUGCGUUCCUUUAUCAUCCUGUCCAAUAAUCGGUAAUAUCAUCAGCAGCGACUGUCUGCUCAAUAACAAUGUUGCGCAAUUGAGCUGCGGGUAUCGAGGUUCGGGGCUAAUAUGCUGUCCCCAAAUCGCCGAAACCACCACGAUUCUACCGGGAAGGGUAGUGGAUGGACAGAGAUGCGGAAUGUCGCAGGUGCAAGGCGAAGGUUACGAAGGAAUAGGGGCUUAUCCUUGGAUUGGACGGAUCGGUUUCAGGAACGCGUUAACUGGAGAAACGAAAUUUCCGUGCACGGGUUCCAUCAUUGAUCCGAGAAUCAUUUUGACGGCGGCGCAUUGCGCUCUGGCUAAAGCGGACAAUUUUAAACUACACAUGGUGCGUGUCGGGGAAUAUAACGCAAAUACAAACAUCGAUUGCGGCGAGGAGUUUUGUGGUUUGCCUACUCAAGAUCUUGUAAUAACCCACGUGAUCGUUCAUCCCGGUUACAAGAAAGAAACUUUCGAAAAUAAUGUGGCACUACUGGUUCUAAGAACUCCCAUGAAUUUCACAGUGACUGCUCAACCGAUAUGCUUGCCGGAGUCUUGGUCAGUGACUAGCAACAAUGGUUUACUUGUGGGAUGGGGGAAAGCAGCUGGACAAACUUAUGCUUUGCCUAAGCAACAAGUGUUGCAUUUACCUAUCGUAAGCAUUCAACAAUGCGUUCGAGUCUACGGGGGGUCACUACCGGUCACGGAAGAUCAAAUUUGCGCUGGGGGGGAAGCAGGAAAUGACGCGUGUAGUGGAUUCGGGGGAGCACCGUUAUUAGUUAGACACGGCAAUACUUAUUACCAGGUCGGUAUACUUUCUUUCGGAUCUGAUCGAUGUGGAAGUGCAGGAAUCCCCAGCGUUUAUACAAAUAUAAAGAAAUACGUUAAUUGGAUAAGAGAAACCAUGCAACUAUAUUAAUAAUUCGUUAUUGGUGGAAUUGGUAAUUUUUUUCUACGUGAUAGUGAGUCCGGCAACUGCGCUGCCUGUUGGAAUAUUUACACGACUGUCGGUCACGAUUAUUUCGAAACAUCCUGUAUAAUGGUUGGGAGUAGGGGCUUGGUAAAUAAAUACGCAUAAAAGAAACUCGAAAUUUUUAUUUAAUAUAGUAAAUUUUAACAAGUUUUCUUUUUAAGUAUAUUAUAAAGAAUGAGUUCGGUGGAAAAGAUUUUUGAAAAAAUUAAGGGAUGAUUUUAUGAUAUUUUGAAUGAAAUAGGGGGAAUAAAAGCAGUAAGCGCAAUUCCUGCAGCGACUUCUGUUUCUAAAAUUUUUCAUCAGUAUGGAAUAUCAGCAUGUUUGAAAGACAAAAAUAUUUUCGAAUUUACCAACAGGAUAGAAAAAUAUUUUCGAAUUAAAAAAUAUAUAUAGAUAUGCGAUUCUAAGAAAAAAUUAGUCGGUUCGUGCUUUUCUUUACUAUUUUUCUUCUAUUUUGAUAUUUUUUCCACCUCGGACACUAUCCAAACCCCCUCGUAGGAGGGCCUUAAUGAUCAUUAACUUUUUUUGCAUCCUCCUUAUAACUAUAGAAAUAUUUUUACAUUUUUUCCCAUUUUCUUCCAUUUGAAUACUUGUCCCCCUCAGAAACUACCUCAAACCACCUCAUGGGCGAAUCUGAGGAGCUCCUGGUUAGCUCCUUUGUCACAAUUGAAUGCUUUUCUUGUUAAAUCACAAAUGAAGGAUCAUUGACAUCCUUUGGUUGAUCUUUGUGAUCAUGAAAGCAAUUUCACAACUCCUUUAGACAUUUCUGAUCUUUUUUCCACCUAAUUCCUUCCAUUUGAAAACUUUUCCCUUUCAGAAACGUUUCAAACCACCUCAUGGACGAAUCUGAAGAGCUCGUUUUAGCUCCUUUGUCUCAAUUGAAUGCUUUUCUUGUUAAAUCACAAAUUGACAUCAUUUGGUUCAUCUUUGUGAUCAUGAAAGCAGUUUCACUACUCCUUUAGACAUUUCUCAUCUUUUUUCCACCUAAUUCCUUCCAUUCGAAUACUUUUUCCUCUCAGAAACGUUUCAAACCACCUCAUGGACGAAUCUGAAGAGGUUCUGGUUAGCUCCUCUUCCUGGAUUCAAUACUUUUCUCGCUCAAUCGUAGAUAAAUGAUCAUCUACAUCCUCUGGUUUUUCUUUGCCAUCUUAUGAGCAUUUAUUUGCCGUGUCCGUUGUUUUAUCAAUUCCUUUUACCAUUUUAAUAAUUGUCCCCCUCGGAAACUAUCCAAAUCACACCUUGUACUAGUUUGAAUACAUCCAGGAUGGAAAAUAUUUUGUCAUGACAAACAUGCUGUUUCCAUAUGAACAUAACAAAAAGUUUAUACCGGAUGGAUACAAUACAAAAAUUUAUUGCUUCAUAGAUGAACAGUUCUCUCACUCAUUCUUAUAAGUUUAUUAACAACGUGCAUAUUUUGGAAAAAUAGAACAGAUUUUGGACCCUCGUCUAUACAACUACUUUGGUUGACUGUAGAAAUGAAAGAUGGAAAGUGAGGUCAAAUCAAAAAACUUCAAAUUCAUUCCAGAUUAGUGGUCGAGGUAGUUUUCUAUUGAAAUGAAUCCACAUAAUUCAAGUUGUGAAAAAAAAAAUCGUAUUCUUCGCACAAAUGUUAAAACAAACAUUUAGGUUAUGUUUGAAAUAAAAAUAUUUCCAACCGACCCUAUCUUGAAGACUUAACAUUGAUGUUGUAUCAAUGUUCGGGUAUCAAUUCAUUUAAAACGAAUAAAAAAAGUAGUCCAGCUGUAAAAAUGUUUUUUGAUUUGACCUCGUACAGUUGGCAAGCCGCCUAAUUUAUAUUCGUUUUAUUAGAUUCAUUUAAAUAGAACUAUGUACAUAUUUUGAAACAAUCUACGUAUAUUCAGUCCUAGAACUAGGCAACUACAAUUUUCAUUUUUCUUAAAAGUUUGUCUAAAUAAAUAUUAUAAACAUUAUUAUCAUAAUUUUCCUUACCGAAGUGUACCGGGAUUUACUUAAUCAUUUACGUCCACAUUGUGAGGUUAUGAAACCAAACUCAAUUUAUUAUCAGCAAAUAUACUGAUACAUAUAUAAUACGUAAUUUUUUUAUAUAUUUAUAACAAAUAUGAAAAUAAAUUGGAAAUUUGUGAAUAUGAAAGUUGUCUACGUCUCUACCAUCAGUAAAUUAAAGUUAUAAUAGAAAAAAUAACAAGUAUCCCUGCAUUUUUAAUACACCUGGUAUAAUAUUAACGUAAAUCUUAAAAAUUACAUUUUCAUAUUCGUUUAGUACUCUUAGUUUCAAAAAAAAAACAUAAUUUUUAAAUUAAUGAUUAUAAAAAAUACAACAAAGAUCGUACCUAAUUUUUUACAGCGUUUUUCUUUUAAUGUUGAUUUUUCUUUGAGGUUUUUACUAUAGUAAGCUAUUCAAUUGAUAUUUGAUGCUUUAAAAUGAAUUUGAAAGAGGUAAUUUGAAAUUAGUGCCUAAUUCACUAACGAAGACGAUAUAUAUCUUAAUCUAAAAAAACUCACAAUAAGAAAUGGUUAAUCCAGAUUAAGUAGAAACUAUUUUUUUUUUAAAUCACAUUCACGUAUCACUAUUAUUCAUAUGUUUCACAACAUGUGAAAAAAACUGUGUUUUAAAAAACAACAACACACACACGUUCAAUGAACCCAAAAUGGCGACUGAAUCUUGUUGCGUGAACAUCAAGUUUCUAUGAAGAGAUAUUACAACGUUGCCGUGUUUAUCAUAAUUUCAUAUUAAAAUUAUUCUUAGAUUAAAAUAGUUUUUUUAUAAAAUAUUGUUAAAUAAAAUUUUUUUUGAUAAUUUUUGUGUGAAGUGAAGCCAAAAUUGACUCUAAAAAUUAGUCACGUAGGAUUUAGGAUAAAAGUAAGCACAAGAAAACAAAAAAUGCACUAAAAUAUUGCAAAAAACGAGAAAUGGUUGAAAAAUAAUAUAAGAAGUAAGAAAUAAUGGAAACCUUGUUAAAAUCGACUGAGCUAGUCAAGUAGGUAUUUGAGACCCAAAAAAACGUGCUAAAUCACCUAGGUAAACGAGGAUUCGGUCCAGGAAACGAGUAAUAUUGUCAAAAAAUACUGUAAAGAGUGAAAAGUAAUUACGAUUUUAUCAAAAUCGGUUCUAAAAAUUAGUCAAGUAGAAAUUUAGGACAUAAAAUAUCCCAAGGAAUACCAAAAAUGACCUGAAAUAUUCCAAGAAACGAGAACGAAACGAAAAACGACCCCAAGAAAUACGAAAAUCAAAGUAAAAAUGUUAGUGAAAACAAAGCUUGUUUACAAAACUCGAGGAAAACUUGAAAAAGUAUUUUAACGAUAGAAAAAGAAUGGAACCAAUGCAAAAAUCUACUAAAAAAUGAAUUAACUAGAAACUAGAAUUAACUAGGACAAAAACGAACUCAACAAAAUACAAUAAGAUCAAUUAAGCAUGCUAUGGAAUGUUUGAUAAGAAUGCCAGCUCAUUUGACAUAGAAAAAACUCACCAGAAGACAUGAUCCAGAUUGAAAAAACAUUUUUUUAAACUACACAUCCACAUUUUCAUAUUUUUCACAAAAUUCAGGAAAAAGACAGAAUUUCAAACAGGAAUAAAUCAAACGUACACGCAUCGCGAACCCAAAAUGGCGACUUGUUUUUAUUACUGUGCCACUGCUACUUAUAACGCAAUGAAGAAAGAUUGAGACGUUGCCACGUUCUUUUUAAAUUCCUUAAUAUAAAAAUUACUUUUCAGAUAAAAAUAGUUUUUAAUAAAAUUUCGAUCCAAAUCGAGUGAUAUGAAAAAUAAAUCGAUAAAAAAGUGUUUUUUUUUAAUUAUAUAUUUUAAAAUUAUCAUUUUAAAAUAAACAAAAUCGAAUUUAUAAAAAUGUACUGAAUCGUUUUUAGAAGCAGAUAAAACCGUCAAAGGCGCAUUAGCUUGCAAAGAUGAUAAAAUAUUUCACAUCGUUGCCACGUUUAUUAGAUAAAAAAGGAUUUUAAUGAAAUUUUGAUUUAAACCGAGUGUUAUAGGAAAUAAAUCAAUUGUAGAAAGUUUUGUUUAUUCUUACAUUUUAAAUGACAAAUAAAACCGGCAAACACGCAAUAUAAGUUCGUAUACAAGAUGGAUGUUUCACAUCGUUGCCAAGUUCACUGAAAUUAUUCCCUUAUUUAAAUUAUUUCUCAAUAAAAUUUCGAUUCAAAAUUUGUAAUUAAAAAAAUAAUUCGAAAAAAAAUUAUUUUCUCAUCUAGAUAAUGAAAAAUUAUCACAAUGAAAUAUAUAAAAUCCCAAAGUAAUUUUUCCAAAUAACUUUUACAAACAGAUAAAGCCGGCAAAGCCGCAAUUCAUGACUUUUAUCACAAGACUUGAAUAUGGUAGACGUUUUACAUCGUUGCCACGUUGUAAUUUUCAUCCUGUAGUUGAAUUAAAAAAAAUGUAUUAAAAAGUUUUAUCACACUAAAACAUAAGGUGAUGUAUUGAAACAAAAUUAUUAUUACCGACAUUUCUCCAAUAAAUUAUUGGAAUUAAACGGGGAUCUCGUUCUUUCCGAAAAUACGUUACCUAAUUAUAACAAAAAUAAAAGCCGACAACACCGGAAAGCGACGUCACACGACUACCAACGAAAUUGGAUGACGUCACUCCGUCGACUCGACGGUACAUUUUUACAGAACACCCUAUAUACACACAUUCGGUAACGGAAAAUUAUGUUGGAAAAAAUCACUUCCGUCGAAAUUAGAGCGGAGAAAAUAUAUAAAUUUCGAUAAAAAUUUUCCCAAUACUAAAUUAUGGAAAAUCUAAUGGAGGAGCGUCAAUUUAUAAGCUCUAGUUCUAUUUAUAUCGGCUCUAUACUCUAUUUCUACGUUGGAUUUUGUUGAUGAUGGUUCGUAACUACGGCUGCGUCGACACUCGCACCGUCGCGACGUUUCGAUCGGCGCGUUUUCGUCUUCAGAGACCGAUUAAAAUUGAAUUUACGCCUCUGAAGAUGGUAAAUCGGUGGACGAAACGUUGCGUUGAUGUGAGUUUGGGUGUAGCGAUCGUGAAAUGAGAUGUGUUUGAAUAUAUUUUGUUUUUUUUUUCUGUUCUAAAUCUUAAUUAUUGAUUAUUUUCGAAUAUAUUUAAAAAUAUCGAUGGGAUCUUGGUAGAUUUGGUAUUUAUCAAUUGGUUUGGGAGUAAUUUGGUCUUUUCAACGUCAGUUUUGGUCAAAAAAUGGCUCUUUCCAGUCUAAUCUGACGAAAAAGUGCUUUUCCUUAUCUAGUUUCGUCAAGAAUUGCUUUUCCACGUCUAAUAUAGUCAAAAAAUUACUUUUCCGAAACGAAUUUAGUUCAUAAGUGACUUGUGCGAGUUUGAUUUUGUGAAAAAAUAGAUCAGAUCGGCCAAAAAUGACUUUUCCAAGUCCAAUUUUAUCCAAAAAAGGUUUUUUCGAGUGAAAAAAGCCUUUUACAUGUUUGCUUCGAUCGUAAAAUGGCUUUUCAAAGUGUAAUAUGGUCAAAAAAGGACUUUUCAACAUCUAAUUAGCCCAAAAAAGGACUGUUUGAAUGUCAAAUGGGCUCAAAAAAGGGUUUUUCAACGUCUAUUGGGCACAAAAAAAGAACUUUUGGAUGUCCAAUGGGCUCAAAACAAGGAUUUUCAAUGUUCAAUCAAUCCGAAAAGGGUUUUCCAACUUCUAAUGAGUCCAAAAAAGGAUUUAUGGACGUCUAAUGGGCUCAAAAAAGGGCUUUAAACGCCUAAUGCGCCCAAAAAGGACUUUUCAAAGUGUAAAAUGGUCAAAAAAAGACGUUUCAACAUCUAAUUAGCCCAAAAAAGGACUGUUUGAAUGUCAAAUGGGCUCAAAAAAGGGUUUUUCAACGUCUAAUGGGCUCAAAAACGGGAUUUUCAAUGUUCAAUCAAUUCUAAAAGGGUUUUUCAACAUCUAAUGGACACAAAAAGGACUUUUAGACGUCUAAUAGACUCAAAAAUGGGAUUUUCAAUGUUCAAUCAAACCGAAAAGGGUUUUUCAACUUCUAAUGAGUCCAAAAAAGGA